AUGGCGGCCGAACACUUGUAGGAGGUGUAAAAAUUUACUUGUCAAAUUUUCCUUAUCAGAGAUAAAGAACUUAUUGCAAGAGAAAGGAUUGUCCUAGAAAAAAUCUUUGUAUUGCAAUGUAAUCCGAACACUUGUCAGGAACAGCAAUCUCGCUUGUGACUACGUAGGAAGGACGUCUGCAAGAGCUUGUCAACACGUGCUAAAGUUUUUUGGAAGAAGCGAAAUAUGAGUAAGAAAUCAGCAGGCCGCAGGAGGAAUGCAGUUCCUACAGUGGAGCAAAUUUCUUCAGAUCGGAUCACCAAGCUUGCAAGUCAGUACUGGGCUCCUGGAGAAAGCAAGAAACCCUUCAAUCCACAGAUCGUUGAUGACAUUUAUAAAGAUGAAAUUAAAGGCAGCAAGUUUUCUGUGAAGCGUGCUAUGCUGUUAGAGUUCAGCCAAUACUUGGAAAAUUAUUUGUGGCCCAACUUCAAUGCAGCUAAGGCUUCUGUUGAGUAUGUCAUGUCUGUCAUUGUGAUGGUGAAUGAAAAGUUUAGGGAAGGCGUACCACCAUGGGAGUCAUUCAAACAAAAUCCAGAGGAGUUCCAUGGAUUUUUCCAGCGCAUCAUGGAAAUCAGCUUGGCUGAUGAAGAUAUGGUGACAAUUAAGGAGCAGUCUAUUGUCUUGACGUUUUUGAUUCAUUGUUUCAACAGUCUGGAAAUGGAUCUCAUCAGAGAACAACUGCAGCACUUGGUGUCUCUGUCCAUGUGGAUUUCUCUUCUUCCGGAACGUCUGGAACAAGAGUUGAAGAAUGUGCCCAAGAAAUAUAGGAAAUACUGGGAACACCUGAAAAAGAAAGAGGCCCAGGCAGAUGAAGAAACCAAGAAAAAACAAGAGAAAGAAAGAAAAUAUUUAUCAAACCUUGUUCAGAAGUUUGUGAAAAUCUUACAAUCAAUUCCAGAGUUAGGCUCUGUGGAUAUGGAUAAGGUUCACUAUUGUGAAAGGUUCCUUGAACUCUUGGUUGACUUAGAGGCAUUGUUACCAACUAGGAGAUUUUUCAAUACAUUAGUGGAUGAUCACCAUUUAGUGGUUAAGUGCCACCUUUCUGGUCUUGUAAGAAGAGAGUCAGAGGGAAGAUUAUUCAAACAAUUGUUGGAUAUGCUGAAGUUUUACACUGGUUUUGAGAUAAAUGAUGUUACAGGAAUGGCUCUGACAGAUCAUGAGAUGGUUGACAUUCAUUACAACAAAAUGGCUUCAUUACAGCGAGCAGUGUUCAAGUAUUUUCCAGAGCUUCAUGAUUUUGCAAUGAGUAACAUUGCCAGCAUUGAUACAAGGGAAGCUCUUCUGCAACAUUUUGGAUCUUUGUCAAAUAAAACGCUUCAUGAGGUAGCAGCAUAUUUGAAGCUGUUGCCUUCCCCAGAUGAUGUGGGAGUGGAGAGUAACAGAGAGUUUCUUCUAGAGAUGUUGGUUUCUAGACACGAGCGACGCCUUUCUCAAAUUGAUGCCAUAAAUGAAAUGCCACUUUACCCUACAGAACAGAUUUUGUGGGAUGAAAAUAUUGUUCCAACAGAAUAUUAUUCAUCAGAAGACACUCUUGCUCUUCCAAAGUUAAACUUGCAGUUUUUGACCCUCCAUGAUUAUCUGCUGCGUAACCUCAACCUCUUCAGGCUGGAAUCUACAUAUGAGAUCCGUCAGGACAUGGAGGAUGUAAUUGCCAGAAUGAAACCCUGGCAAAACGAAAUGGAACAGACAGAGUUUGCUGGCUGGGCAAGAAUGGGCACAAAAAUAAUCAAUUUCAGCGUAAUUGAGGUAUCUAAACCAAAUAUCGGCGAGACUCGCCCGUCUCAGGUUAGAGCCGAUGUGACCAUUAACUUGAACAUGAGGGACAUUGUGAAAGGAGAAUGGGAAGCGUUGAGGAAACAUGAUGUGGUGUUUUUGGUGACUGUGCGUCCAACCCAUCCCGGCCCAGUGAAGUAUGAUCGUUCGAAACCAUUCAGAGAGCAGUUCGGAGUUGAUUAUGUACGUGGAGCCGAAAUUGAAGGGAUGUUAGAUGAACAAGGAAAAGUAAUCGAAGAAGGUCCUGAACCAAAGCCUGAAUUUAAAGGAGAAGACAGAACAUUUCGCUUGUGGUUGGACACGAACCAAUACCAACAGGAUAUGGCGGAGACUGUCCAUGGCGCUGAGGAUGUAUAUGAAACUUUUAACAUUCUUUUGAGACGGAAACCUAAAGAAAACAACUUUAAGGCUGUUUUGGAGACCAUCCGUGAUUUAAUGAACACAGAAUGUAUUGUACCAGACUGGCUCCACGAUAUCUUCCUGGGAUAUGACGAUCCUGGUGCAGCUCAUUACAGCAGAAUGCCAAACCAGAUCCGACAACUGAAUUUCAACGACACAUUUCUUGACUUUGAGCACCUGAAAUCUUGCUUUCCCCAAUAUACAGUCAAGUGUUCUACUGACGAUCCUGCAGAACGUGUCCCACCUUUCAAGAUAACUUUUCCUGAGACAGCGUCUUCCAGUAAGAAACGGAAACACGAUGAAGAAGACCCUAAAGAAGUCAAGCAGGAGUUGUUGGUGGAGCCAUUUGUGGUUCCCAACCGAGGACCAUAUCCGUUUAAUCAGCCAAAAAAGAAUGCUGUUCCGUUCACUCCAACCCAAGUAGAGGCCAUCAGAGCGGGCAUGCAGCCCGGGUUAACAAUGGUUGUGGGACCGCCAGGCACAGGCAAGACAGAUGUCGCUGUGCAGAUUAUCUCCAACCUUUAUCACAAUUUUCCAGAACAGCGAACACUGCUUGUGACCCAUUCUAACCAGGCGUUGAAUCAACUUUUUGAGAAGAUCAUGGCUUUGGACAUUGAAGAGCGUCACUUGCUUCGUCUCGGUCACGGGGAAGAAGCCCUAGAAACUGAGAAGGACUUCAGCAGGUACGGUCGUGUAAAUUUUGUUUUAGCCAGCAGACUGGAGCUCCUUAAGGAAGUGCAAAGGUUACAGGAGAGUCUGGGUGUUCAUGGCGAUGUUUCUUACACAUGCGAAACUGCGGGAUAUUUUUACUUGUAUCAGGUCGUCUCACGUUGGGAGGAGUACAUGGCGAAGCUGAAGGCAAGAAGAGGAGAAACUGCGGCGAUAUCUGAGUUCUUCCCUUUCACGAAAUUCUUUGAGAACGCACCACAGCCUAUUUUCAAGAUGAGUUCGUAUGAAGAAGACAUGGAAAUUGCAGAGGGCUGCUAUCGAUAUAUCAAGAAGUUAUUUCAGCAGUUAGAGGAAUUUAGAGCAUUUGAGCUUCUCAGAAGCGGUCGCGAUCGAACAAACUACCUCCUAGUGAAAGAAGCUAAGAUCAUAGCCAUGACUUGUACCCAUGCCGCACUCAAGAGGAGAGACCUAGUGGAGCUUGGAUUCAAGUACGACAAUGUGCUCAUGGAGGAGUCCGCACAGAUCCUAGAGAUUGAGACGUUUAUUCCACUACUGCUUCAGAAUCCAGAAGAUGGAUACAAUCGAAUGAAAAGGGUCAUUCUCAUCGGAGAUCAUCAUCAGCUUCCUCCUGUUAUAAAGAACAUGGCUUUUCAGAAGUUUUCCAACAUGGAGCAAUCUCUUUUCACGAGAUUUGUCAGACUUUGUGUUCCCACAGUUGAACUCGAUGCUCAAGGUCGUGCACGAUCCAGCCUAUGUAGCCUGUACAACUGGAGGUACAACAAACUUGGUGAUCUUCCUCAUGUCCAUACGUGGCCUGAGUACUGUGUGGAGAAUCCUGGAUUUUUCUUUGAUUUUCAGCUGAUCGAUGUUCAGGAUUUCAACGGCGUUGGCGAAUCAGAACCCAAUCCUUACUUUUAUCAGAAUCUAGGUGAGGCCGAAUACGCUGUGGCCAUCUUUAUGUACAUGCGCCUCAUUGGGUACCCCGCUGACAAGAUCGCCAUUUUAACAACAUACAACGGACAGAAGCAUCUUAUCCGUGACGUUAUUAAGCAAAGAUGUGCAAACAACCCUCUGAUUGGACAACCGAGCAAGGUCACUACUGUGGAUCGUUACCAGGGGCAACAGAACGACUACAUCAUCUUGUCUCUCGUCCGCACCAAGACUGUGGGUCACAUCCGGGAUGUGCGCCGUCUUGUAGUGGCUAUGUCACGUGCCAGGUUAGGUCUUUAUGUCCUCGCACGUGUCAGCCUCUUCCAGAACUGCUUUGAGCUCAGACCUGCCUUCUCUCAGUUGACCAGCCGACCGCUGAAGCUCUCCUUAGCACCUAGUGAAAGAUAUCCCCCGUCCAGACCGCGUGGAGUUCCUCCAGCUGAGCGACCGUUUAUCGUCGAGGACAUGCCUCAGAUGCAUCGCUUCGUGUAUGACUUGUACAGUCAGUAUGUGGAAUCAUUAAGAGCACAGAGAGAGUACAUGGCUAACAUUCCACAGCCGCCAGAGGAAGACAAAGAAGACGAAGAGCCGGCUGAGCAAGGCGGCGAGAAAGACGAAAACGGGACUGGAAAUGUGAACGAAAUAAACGAAGAGGCAGGAUCGCCGAUUGUGAAUGAAGUGGAACAAAUGGAAGAAGAAGCUAAUUAACGAAUUUUGCAGAACUCUAAAAUGAUAACUGGAGAAUUUGAUUUGAGGGUGAUCAAAAAUUCCGCUCUAUUCGAGUAUUUUGUUGUUGUUUGUUAGAAACAAACAACAACAAGUAUAACAUGCGCCAAUAAAA